GACUGUUCCGGAAGCCGACUGGAUUUCUUGGAAGCGUCCGAAAGCUCACGCUGGGCAGCUUCAGUGCCGAGUGCCGCUAUGGUGAAAUCGAAGAAGGAGAAGAAGGAGGUGACGGAGGAGAAGCCUUUGCCUCCGGCCAAGUCUAUCUUCGAGGUGAAAGCCACCUCUGGAAGGGCUCGCCUGGGUGAACUCGCGUCCGCCCUUCCAACGCCUGCCUUCACACAACUGACCAGUCGUGGCAUGCCGCAGUGCUUGCGUCCAGAGGUACUGGUUGCUAUGACUGAGGCUCCUCUCUACCAGCUGCCGGUGGGCGACUUGCUUUUGCGACAGGAGAGCGUCGCUCGCUGUGUCGAGCCACAACUGGGUUGUCGAAGCUUUUGGCCGCAUUUGCGGUCGCACUUGACCUACUGUUCCUUCCGAAACCCUCGGCAGAACCCCUCCAUCCAUGGAGGGGAUGCGGUGUGCAGCGUGGAAACUGCUGGUGGGCGCCGCAAGGUGGGUGCCAAAGAAAUGCUCGAGACGCAGAAGGUCAUGCGCGUGGAUUUGGUGGCCUCCCCCGGCGAAGAGGUCACUCUGGAUGUGACAGCUUCCCGCCGCGGUCAACGUGCAGUGGCUCGUGCGGCCGAGUGGCUCAAGGAGAUCUUGGAGGCAAAAGCCGGCGAUCCCCAGCUAGACUUUGACUGGCACGUUCUGGCGAGCCUCCAGGGUGGGUCUGACUUGAAGUUGCGGCAAAAGGCCAGCGAGGCGGCCGCGGCGAUGCCGGUGGCGGGUUAUUGGAUUGGAGGCCUGGGCUACAGCGAAGUGCUGUCACAACGAGCACCAGCAUUGGAGGCCUCGGUGGCUGGUUUGCUACCUGAGCGUCCACGGUUCCUGCCGCUUUGCAAGGGCACCCCGAUCGAAGUCCUUCAGGCGGUGAUGUUGGGUGUGGAUGUGUUUGAGCUGACCUACCCCGCAGAGGCCGCCGUGGCCGGUCUCGCGCUGACCUUCGAGUGCGAGCUGCCGGAAGGCUUUGAGGUGGUGGAUUCAGACAGAGAGGUCUUAAAGACGCUCCUGGCGGAGGUGAGGUCCACGGAGAGCUCCUCGGACGGCACUCCCGCGGUUCCCGCGGCUGCCGUGGUGCCGGAGGCCGUGAGGCAAGUGGACUUGAGAUCGCCCGAGUGUCGGGAGGACUUUGGGCCUAUCAGUGAGUGGUCCCCGGUGAAGCAGUACUCCCGGGCGUAUUUGUACCAUCUUCACGAGGUCCACGAGUUGCUGGGUACCAUGCUCUUGGCCCAGCACAACCUCCACGUGUACUUGAAGUUCUUCGAAGCGCUUCGAAGGCAUAUCAAAGAGGACUCCUUGCAGCGCUUUGCGGCUUGGUUUCUGCGGACUCAAACGUGCGAGGCGCCUGAACCAAAGGUCCAAAGCUCACCAAAGAAGCGCCAGAAGAUUUGAGCGAGAAAAAGGGGCCAGCGGACCGAGCUGUGUCUGGUGGACUGAGACAUCACCGAUCAAC